AUGAACUUGGGAGGAGGAUGUAAGAAUCCCCAAACCACCAUUUCAGUGGCUUGGCUGCCUAGCUGUGAUCACACUGUCGCCUGCCCGCCUUCUUUGGAUUCUGACAAAAAAUGUCCCCGUAUCUUCCACGGAAAACAGGAUGGCAGAGGCGGUGGCGGCAAAACAAACGGAACUGGCAGCAGCUGGCAUCAUCUGGGUUCAUAUCCUUCUGUGGACGACAAAGAGCCAAAGCAGCGCUGUUCAGAGGAGGGUUUUGACGCCAUCACCAUGGACGAGGCUGGGGUCAUGCUCUUCUUCAAAGGAGAUCUGGUCUGGAAAGGGUUCGCCGGGGCAGCUGAGCUGAAAAAUGCUUCUUGGCCGGAGAUCCAGGGCCCUGUUGAUGCCGCCCUUCGCAUUCACCACCCGGACCGCCCCAGCAUCCAUGACAACGUCUACCUUUUCCAGGGCAAGCAUCUCUGGGCCUAUGCCCAAGGCAGACUGAAGGACGGAUACCCCCGGCUUAUUGAGGAGGAGUUCCCAGGGAUUCCUGGGGACUUGGAUGCAGCCGUGGAGUGUCACGCCCAGGAAUGCUCACAUGCAGCAACCGUCUUCUUCUUCAAAGGCACCGUGGUUUACUCCUACGAUCUGACGACCAAGGAGCUCAAACAGCGCUCGUGGCCCUCUGUCGCCAACUGCUCGGCUGCUGUGCGCUGGCUGGGGCGUUACUACUGCUUCCAGGGCAUCCAGUUCUUGCGCUUUGACCCGGUCACAGGCCAAGUGGGGGCCAACUACCCAAGAGACGCCAGGGACUACUUCAUGCGCUGCCCUGGGAGGGGGCACGGGCACCACACCCAGGGCAACGCGACUGCCAGGGCGAUUCAAGACCGUUGCAGCGGGCGCCCCUUCCAAGCCUUCUUCUCGGAUGACACCGGCCGGAUCUAUGCCUUCCGUGAGGGGCAUUACUUCCAGUUGGACUCCCACCGGGAUGGGUGGCACGCCUGGCCGCUCAAGCACCUGUGGAAGGAUCUGGAAGGGGACGUUGACGCUGCUUUCAGCUGGGACAACAAGCUCUACCUGGUGCAGGGCUCUCAAGUGACCAUCUACCAAACUGGCCGGGGCUACAUCCGAGUGGACGGCUACCCUCGGCCCUUGCAAGCAGAGUUGGGAGUCGCAGAAGCUGACGCCGCCUUCACCUGCCCUCGCUCCCAGGCCCUCUACGUCAUCCACGGAAACCACCUUAGGCGCGUGGACCUGGAGCUGAGCCCUGGUCACCCAGGACCCCUGCAGCCCAUCCCCCACGCUCAUGUGGAUGGUGCUCUGUGUACUUCCAAGGGGGUCUUCCUUUUCCACGGAUCUGACUUCCACCAUUACGCUGAUGUAGACCAGCUCAUUAAGGCCACGGCCCCUGCCCCCGCCAAGAGCAUUGUGGUGGACUUUUUCCACUGCCCUCCUCCGCAUGCAGUGGGGCAGGGUGCUCCCUCUCUACACCACCCUCAGUGAGAACACCAGUUCCCCCAAAUGGCUGGGGGCUAUGAUGUCUUCCCCUAGUGCCACCUUGGCACAGCCUGGCACAGCCAAUAAAUCCAUGCCCAUGCUCCACA